GGUAUAUCGUCAAGGUUGAAGCCUCUGCAACGCAAAGCCGUAGCGACUGCGAGAUCUCUGAUCCACCAUGGGUGCUUAUAAGUACGUCUCUGAGCUAUGGAGAAAAAAACAAAGCGAUGUUAUGAGGUUUUUGCAGAGGGUUAGAUGCUGGGAGUACCGUCAGCUCCCAUCGAUUGUCCGUGUCACUCGACCCACGCGCCCUGACAAGGCUCGGCGAUUAGGUUUCAAGGCAAAGCAGGGGUAUGUUGUAUAUCGUGUUCGUGUUAGGCGUGGAGGUCGCAAGAGGCCUGUCCCUAAGGGUAUUGUGUACGGUAAGCCGACAAACCAGGGUAUUACCCAGUUGAAGUUUCAGCGAAACAAGCGGUCAGUCGCAGAGGAGCGUGCUGGCCGCAAAUUGGGCGGGUUGAAGGUCCUCAACUCCUACUGGAUUAAUGAGGAUUCGACUUACAAAUAUUAUGAGGUAAUCCUUGUGGAUGCUGCUCACAAUGCAAUUCGCAAUGACCCAAGAAUCAACUGGAUAUGCAAGCCGGUCCACAAGCACAGGGAGCUUCGUGGGCUCACUUCUGCUGGAAAGAAGUACAGGGGUCUCAAUGGAAAGGGACACUUGCACCACAAGGCACGCCCAUCCCGAAGGGCAACCUGGAAGAGGAACAACACCCUCUCCCUCCGUCGCUACCGUUAAUUGCAGUGAUAUUUUACUUAAUGCGUUUUGUUUUGUUUUGUUUUUUUCUGGUCCGGGGCUUUCUAUUGUAGGUAUAUUGAUACCAUUUUGGGAGAUGAAAAUUUUGCAUUUAGAACUGUUGAAUAUGCACCACUUAUUUUGGAGUAAUUUGGACCAAGGUACAAAC